GUUUUAGAAAAACAAACGAUCGUUCCUAACAACGAUAUGGUGCUUUGGAAAUCAAUCCUUGCGGCAUUAUUACUCGUCUUCGUGCAUGCUGAAUACAGAUAUCGUUCUCCCCACCCUUCACGUGCUCCAAUAUGGAACGUCCCACCCGGCCCACUUCCAGGUCCCGUUGAUGCAUUGUUACAACUCGCUAACCAGGUUCCACAACCACGCCCGGGUAACCAAGUUCCACAACGUCCGAUGAACCAGCUUCCCGGACCACCUAACAACAUUCUUCCCCCUCUUCACAUUCAAAUUCCGCAAGGACCGCAUCCACCUGGCCCUUUGGCUCCAAUUCCACGAUAUCGUCGAGAGAUGAAAAAACAUGUGUGA